GGCAACACCUAUGUAGAGUCUUGUCUAUAGUGGCCACUGCACUGCGUCAGUGCGGCUGCUGUAAAAUUAAUAAAUUUAAUUAAAUUUUACGAUUAGAGUAUUUAACGCCAUUACAUUAUACAAUUUUUGUUUGAAUACGAGCAACCGCAUUAAAUAUUACGCGUUUUCAUAAAAUACUAUUCACAAAUGUAUAACAAAUACAAUACCCGCAACCAUGGGCGCUACAACAAGCAGGGGCAAUUUAUACCGGCAAACUCCGCCGGUGAGGGCUCCUGGCUGUCCGACAACCAGGACCAUCAGCGGCGCUCCAACCUGCGGGAAGCCAGUCGAAACUACGAGCCCGAGGACUCCAAAGUUGACCAGCCCACAAAAAAUAACUUCAAGGACGAGGAUCAUGACACGAAGAAAGAAGAAGACUUGAACACGUCCACUGAUAAUAACGCCCGCCCCUCCUGGAUGAAGUCUAAACUAGCUGGAGUGAAGAAGAUCAGCAACAAGGAGCGGCGGCGGCGGCAGAACGAAACGCUGCGCCGGCUGCUCACGCCCAAGAACGCGCUCAUGGUGCUCAAUGAGAUGCUGCCCAAGGACCAGCUCGCCUCAAAUUUCAGAGUGGAGACGGUGUCGAGCCCCAACCAGUACGUAAAGCCGCACUCGUACCGCGCCAACCUCACGCUCGAGGGGAACGACUACAAGGGAUUUGGUGAGAACAAGCUGAUGGCGCGUAACGCGGCGGCGGAGCAGGCCAUACGCGACCUCAUCAUCAAGAAGAUGAGCAAGGCCAUCAGUUACGAAGUAUCGGGGACGGGCGCCGGAGCGACCAGCAUCGGCGAGGAGACGGAAGAGGAGCCGCUGCCGAUGAUCCAGCUGGCGUCCUUCGCGCUGCACAAGCUGUUCUGCGAGUGGGAGGUGGAGGGCCACAAGGUGCCGCAGCUGAAGCCGCCCUCCUCGGCGCAAGUGACGGAGUCCGAGUUCGCGAUGGAGGUGGAGUCGGUGCCCCGCACUCCGCGCGGCUCCAAGAAGCCGAAGACGCUGCCGGCGGACGCGAGCACCAUGCACCCCUGCAUGCUGCUCACCUACAUGCGUCCAGCCCUCGAGUACCGCGAGCUGGCCGCGCAGGGAGACCGCCCCCAGAACAUGCUCUACACCUUCGCGCUCGACGUCGACGGCGCCACCUACAUCGGCAAGGCAUCCAACAAGAAGGAGGCGCGUCGCUCCGCGGCUCAGGCGGCCUGCAAGGCGAUCUUCGGCAUCGAGUUCAAAAACUCCGCCUCGUACUCCUCCUAGCUCACACAUACACCUCGCACCUCGCACCUCGCACCACGACACCUAGAAGUUAUGUGACCUUCCAUUGUGCUGACACUUGUAACUAAGUUUGAGGAAACACACACAAUGUGAACACACACAAGUAAUGUGAAAUAGUGUAGCUCACCCCGAUAGUCUCCCUCUCGUAGAUUCAACAGAUGUAUUUAACAUUUUAUCUCUACCUUUUGAUUUCUUAUAUAAUUGUAGUUAAAAUGAGUAUUGUCAUGAGAGUGUUUCACAUGAAAGGAUUGUUCCUGAUCAAUUUUAAUUUUUAAUUUAGUAUAAGUUUUACAUUUAAUUUUAAGUUGACGAAAUGUUUUAUUU